UGCGAAUGUCCUUUCUUUGACUCUCGUCUGACGCGUCAUCUCUCCUUAAGGCGCCAUAUCAUGGACGCCUAUACUGGACAGGUCGUGAUCCAUCCGGACGCACCGUCCGUGCUGCUCAGCAAGCCGCACCAUCCGAUAUGGAAAGAUACCCUUCUGUUUCCAGCAUACUUUGCCAUUUUGUCCGUCGUUGUACUUCUCCUCUAUGGCAUCUCAGUUUCCAAGCCAGUCCAGUCGCUCUUGCCACGUCUGUAUCCGAACCGGAAUGUGCCAAACGCCCAAGAGACAAAUGAUGCUGUUUCCCAGGAAGCUCUGCAACAUAACGGUGUUUUGGCAGAUAUAAAACUUCAUGUCAAUGCAAAGGGUGGUCCCGUUAUAUUUGCGUACAAGGUCCUUCGUUUAGUUGGUUGCCUGGCUCUCGUUGGGUUCACCAUUGCGACUCUGAUCAUUGAUGAACAAGGCCGGGAGAGUAGCUUUCUUGAUGCUUUGAAAAAGAAGAAAAAGAAGAAAAAGCAUGCGCGUGCUUCUGACGAGUUUACAGAGGCGGAAUGGCUGCAGGUCGCUCUAUGUUUGGCUUAUACGUAUGCAUCAUUCCUUGCCUUGGUAUCUGUCGCCGUGAGCCGUCGCUGGGCGAAAACUGCGAAUUUCCACCUCGUUUCUCUCCUACUCUUUACUUGGGCGGUCUUUGCAUACCGUGACUUCUGGCCGCUCAUGACUUAUACUCUCCGGCCUGCCGACAUAGGAGAUAAGCUGCUGUGGCCGAAAUUUGUCCUCCUCACGCUGACCGCGAUUGGUAUCCCCCUUUUGAUUCCUAGGCCGUAUGUCCCUUUCGACCCAAAGGAUCCCGCCAAAGAGCCAAAUCCGGAACAGACGACGCCAUUACUCUCGCUCGUUCUGUAUUCGUUCCUCGACCCUGUUAUCUUCAAAGCAUAUCGCAUCCCCCAUCUCCCUGCAAGCCAAUUCCCUCCUCUGGCCGAUUAUGAUCGUGCGAAGAACCUUCGGAAGCGUAGUUUCAAGUAUCUUGAUCACUUUUCUGGCGCAAGGAAGGAGCACCUCUUCUUUAGUCUUAUGAGGGUCUUCCGUGGCGAAUACAUCGGAAUAUCCCUGAUGACCAUCAUUAAAGUACUCACUCUGUAUGCUAGUCCGAUUGGAAUCAAUAGGCUUCUUAGAUAUCUGGAAGACGGUGGUUCUAAUGCGGUUGUUCGUCCCUGGUUAUGGGUAUCUUGGCUUUUCUUCGGCCCUGUCAUAGGUUCAAUCGCGAUGCAAUGGUACAUCUUUCUCACAACCGGAACACUUGUGCGCACCGAAGGUAUCAUUACACAACUAGUCUUCGAGCAUGCCCUACGUAUCCGCAUGAAAGCCCAGACGUCUGAAGGUCAAAGCAGCUCACGCCCUUCUACCGCAACGACGACACCCGAUACCGCCUCCAUUGCCGAUUCCGAUGUAACCGCUGAAGGGACUACUCUCAACGGCAAUGGAAGUGAGGUGCCACCAAGCAUUGCGAGCGUAGAAUCGGACGCUGGCAAAGGAAAGAGAAAGACUUCACCUACAUCUACAGACCCCAACGCUCCAGCCACGAAGAGCACGAGCAGCACUAGCAACCUUGUUGGGAAGCUUAAUAAUCUGAUAACAACGGACCUGCAGAACAUUGUUGAGGGCCGGGAUUUCAUCAUGCUAGUUGUUCAAUCGCCUUUACUGGUCGCGAUCGGUAUUGUCUUUCUGUACAUAAUUCUUGGCUGGAGCGCUUUCGUCGGCCUGGUUGUUAUGGUCCUCCUUUUCCCGAUCCCCGGGUACGUUGCCAAGUUGACCCAAACAGUACAGAUAGAGAGGAUGAAAAAGACCGACGCGAGAGUGCAGACUGUUACAGAGACAAUGAACGUUAUUCGGAUGAUCAAACUGUUUGGUUGGGAGCCCAAAAUGAACAAGUCGAUCGCUGAGAAACGUGACGAUGAGCUUAAGUUAAUUAAAAAGAGGCAAUUCCUUGACAUAUCUAACGGAACACUCAAUUUUGUGAUUCCUAUACUGACUAUGAUUGCAACGUUCAUCACCUAUACGCUUAUUAUGAAACAGCAGUUAACGGCCUCUACCGUCUUCUCGUCAAUGGCAGUCUUUGACAUGCUCCGCGACCAGCUCCAUCUCAUCUUCUUCAUGGUCCCUGCUUGCAUCCAAGCGAAGGUCUCUCUCGAUCGCGUGACUGAAUAUUUGAGUGACACGGAGCUCCUGGACGAGUUCCAGGUUGAAAAUAAGGAAAGAACCGAGCAAAUUGAAGAAUUCUCUGCUGCACCGAAAGACCCCGACGUCAUAGGCUUUUGCGAUGCUGCAUUUGUCUGGUCGAAUGUCGAUGGCUCACUUACGCCAUCACGGCGUAGAUUCCGUCUGACACUUGAUGGCGAGGUUAUAUUCAAACGAGGCGGAUUGAACUUGAUCAUUGGACCAACUGGAUCCGGAAAGACAUCGUUAUUGAUGGCUUUGCUCGGUGAAAUGCACUCCCUUCCCUCUGGCCCUACUUCUUGGUAUAAUCUUCCUCGCGACAAGGGUGUUGCGUAUGCUGCUCAGGAAUCGUGGGUACAAAAUGAGACAAUUCGGGACAAUAUAUUGUUCGGGUCGCCGUACGAUGAGGAGCGAUAUAAGAAGGUUAUUUACCAGUGCGGACUAGAGCGAGAUUUGACCCUUUUCGACGCUGGCGAUCAAACAGAAGUGGGAGAAAAGGGGUUAACGCUGAGUGGUGGUCAGAAGGCACGGAUUACCCUUGCACGAGCUGUUUACUCCAGUGCUGACAUUCUGCUACUGGACGAUGUCCUUGCGGCACUUGAUGUACAUACGUCCCGCUGGGUUGUGGAAAAGUGCUUCAACGGCGACCUUGUUCGUGGGCGUACCGUGUUGCUUGUUACACAUAACGUAGUUAUGGCCAGUCCCAUUGCUUCUUAUGUCGUUUCCCUUGGAACGGACGGACGCGUCGCGAAUCAAGGAUCUGUUGCCGAGGCAAUGGCGACUGACAAGGAAAUGCAAGACGAGAUCGAAAAAUCGGAGGCUGCUAUUAAGAAAGGGGAGGAAGCGUCGACAGAUGACGACGUCAAGGGUGAGGAGGUCAAGAAGUCAGACGGCAAACUCGUAGUUGCCGAAGAAAUAGCGGAAGGCCAUGUCAGUUGGCCGGCCAUCAAACUUUAUCUCUUCAACCUCGGUGGUCCUCUGUUCUGGUUCUGUUUCCUAUCCUCCAUGUUUGUGGUAGACUUUGCAAGCGUUAUACAGACAUGGUAUCUGGGGUACUGGGCAUCACAAUAUGAGGAUCAUCCUGCAUCAGAGGUUUCCGUCCCAUAUCAUUUAACCGUCUUCACCAGCAUCCUGUUAUUCGGAGUAAUUAUGUACUUCAUUGGCUACGUCCUAUAUAUAUUCGGGAGUAUCAAAGCGUCGAAGACAAUCCAUGAACAACUCAUCGCGGCAAUAACAGGAACUACACUUCGUUGGCUGGAUUCCACUCCAUCUGGACGUAUUGUCGCCAGGUGUACACAAGAUAUCAGCGCAGUCGACGGAACGGUAUCUCAACAUCUAGGCUGGGUAAUAGAACUCACAAUUACGCUUCUGAUCCGACUCGCAGCUGUAGUCUAUAUGACACCGAUUUUCAUCGUACCAGGGAUCGUUGUUGGUGCUUUAGGAAGCUGGUUUGGACAGAUCUACAUCAAAGCGCAGCUGUCUGUGAAACGCGAGAUGUCUAAUGCGAAAUCUCCAGUCUUGAGUCAUUUUGGAGCAGCUGUUACAGGUCUUGUUUCUAUACGGGCUUUUGGCGCACAAGACAUGUUUAAGUCGGAGACUCUGGCACGUAUCGACAGAUAUGUCCGCUCUGCAAGGACGUUUUAUAACCUCAAUAGAUGGGUUUGUAUUCGUAUAGACACGCUGGGUGGCUUGUUUGCAUCUGGUUUGGCUGCGUACCUGGUGUACGGCAAACAGCUUGGUUCUGCUAGCAAUACCGGUUUCUCGCUGAACAUGGCAGUUGCAUUCAGCUCUCUUAUUCUUUGGUGGGUGAGAAUCCUCAACCAAUUUGAAGUUGCAGGUAUCAGCCUGGAGCGUAUACAAGGCUACAUUGAAAUUGAGCAGGAAACGAAGCCAGCUCCGGACGGUGUUCCGCCCGCUUACUGGCCUUCCUCUGGUAAGAUUGUCGUUGACAAGCUUUCGGCUCGCUAUUCCCGUGAUGGACCGAAAGUCUUGUAUGAUAUCUCUUUUGAGAUUAAGGCUGGUGAACGAGUGGGAGUUGUUGGUCGGACUGGGAGCGGGAAGAGUUCACUGACGCUCUCGCUUCUGAGAUGCAUUCCCACAGAAGGAAAUGUCUAUUACGACAAUAUAGCCACGAACGAUAUAAACCUAGACGUUCUACGUCGCAGUAUCACGAUCAUCCCACAAACACCGGAGCUGCUCAGCGGGAGUCUCCGCCACAACCUAGACCCAUUCGACGAAAACGACGACGCCACUCUGAAUGACGCCCUACGUUCCGCGGGACUCUUCACUUUACAGAGCAACGUCGACGAGGAAAACAGGAUAAACCUGGACACGCAAAUCGCUGCAGGUGGAUCGAACUUGUCCGUUGGGCAGAGACAGAUUAUCGCCCUUGCCCGAGCUAUCGUCCGGCGUAGUAAAUUGCUCAUCCUUGACGAAGCAACAUCCUAUAUCGACAACAAAACAGAUUCUGUCAUCCAAAGCUCAUUGCGUAACGAACUCGGCGGGGACGUGACCCUUAUCACUGUCGCGCAUCGACUAAAGACCAUCAUGGAUUCGGAUAAAAUCAUGGUGCUCGACGCAGGCCGACUCGUCGAGUUCGACACACCCUCAAACCUGUUAAAGAAAGAAGGCGGCUUCCUAAAAUCCCUUGUUGACCAAAGUGGGGACAGAGAUGCUUUAUACGCUAUGGCGAACGCGAAUUCGAGUUCGAGUCGCUAGCAUUGUAGCGGUCUUCCUACCCAGCUCAUUUAAAAAUAUUAAUAACAUGUGAGGAAGUAUGGAUAGAUUUUUAUUUAUUUUAUUUUUGUAGAUAGAAAGUAUGUAUAUACAAUGAAAACGGUAUGCAAAGGGGAUUGGUUAUAAA